GAACAGCGAACCGCUCAACACUUUUGCCGUACAGUAUGAAAGGAAGACGACUUAUCACGAUGUUGAAUGGACAGGACUGAGAUUCGUUGCGACAGUUCGUCAGCUCGACAGUGGAGCCAACGACGUGGAAUUGGUCGUAGAGUACUCCGAAGGAGAAGAACUCGAACGCACAGGAGCAGACGAGUAUGAAAAGCACCAGCAGGAAAAGAAGCUGAAAGAGUAUGUGAGCAGCGGGCAGGUAAAGGAUCUGAUUAGGUUGAUUCAGGUAUUCAGCGUGAUUACACCCGCAGCUAGCUUUUGGAUCGAGCAGGAAGAAGUUUAUCCGCAGCAGAGUCCAGAAGGAACUGAAGCCAUGGAUGAUGGAAAGUACUCAAGGAAUGAAGUGGCAAUGGUUGUCACGGUCCUACUGCUGAUCAUCCCGUAUGUAUGGAUGAUAGGAAGGAAAGUUCACAGCGAGUGGACAAGGAUCAUGUUGGUUGGAAAGGUAAGGAUCAACAGCAGUAGCAGGAACUAUAUUUUCCAUCGAACUACGUGUUCGUAUGUCCAAGGAACAGCGAGGAAUGGAUAUUUUAUCCACUUGGACUAUGACACUGCCGUGGAACAAGGCUAUAGGCCAUGCUGUCGUUGUUUCCCGGAAGCCAAGCGAUCCGCCCAGUAUGAAGGUGAAGGAGAAGGAUGGGAACGAGUAUCAGACAGUAGCGUGAGAAGCACAGAGAAUCCCGACAUAGGAGGAUGCCCACAGAAGUGCAUAUGGUGCAAGGUCAACAUUUGUACCCGGAAGAAAAAGGACCACGUACACUGCUCGUGCACGGUAUGUAUCCAGAAGUAUGCGGAGGAACUGUGGCGUGCUCAAUAUGAUAAGGAACCAGAACCAGAGAGCAGCACAACACCAGAGUUGGUGAGUAUCCCUCCAGAACCGCGCGACUUGUAUCACAAAGGAACUGGAAAGAACCAGAGUGAACGCGGUGGUAAAGGAGCCAAGCGUGGCAAAGCUAUGAUGGAAGCUGUAUCGCAAGAGCAGAACCAAGAAGUGGUUCAAGGAAACAGUUUCACUCCGAGUACCUACGAGGACUAUGUUUCACCAGAGGAGAUGGAACCCAGAAUGAACAGAACACGGAGGAGCGACGUAGAGCCUGGAACGCCGGACAGUACGGAGGAACGUACUGAAGGACCAGUAGCCUUUGGAGACUGGUAA